UCCUCGCCACGAUGUGACAUGGAUAUCCUCGCCGUAGCCUGCGCCCUCGUAGCGACGGCACUCUACUGCAACACUUUGCAAGCGGGUUUCGUCUACGAUGACCGAAGAGCUAUCCUGACGAAUCCCGAUUUGCUGGCGAGCACACCGUGGUAUCGAUUGCUUGAGAAUGACUUCUGGGGAACACCGCUGACGGAACGCGGCUCGCACGGCAGUUAUCGUCCGCUUUGCGUGGCCACUUUUCGUUUGAAUUAUUUUCUCGGUGGCCUUGAACCUUGGGGCUAUCAUCUAGUAAACGUAGCGCUGCACGCCGCCUGCACCGUUCUCGUGGUCAAAGUUGCCAGAAAGGUCCUGCCAGGAAGGAGCAAUCUCGCGCACGCGAUCACGGGUUUCCUGUUUGCGGUCCAUCCCAUUCAUAGCGAGGCUGUGGCCGGUAUAGUCGGACGUGCCGACCUUCUUGCCUGCUUCCUGACCUUGACAUCUUUCCUGACGUACUCGGCUCAUUGUAAUCGCACGAGAUCGCCGUUUCCACUGCUGCUGGCGCUGGUAUCGUCGACAUUGGCCACUCUCGCCAAGGAAACCGGCAUCUCGUCCCUGGCUCUCUGCCUUCUGUGGGAGCUUUGCCGCGGCGAGCCAGGUCGAAAGAGCAACUGCGGAUUUACUCGGGGUCGCAGCGUCGGCAUUCUGUCGGGCGGUUUGGCUCUACUCGCUCUGGGUCGGCUCAGGCUCGCGGGCAGCAGGCCGGAGUUCGCGAGCGCGGACAAUCCGACAGCCAGGCAUCCGUCGCGGCUGACGCGCGGCCUGACGUUCCUGUAUCUACCGGCGGCGAGCGCGAGAAUGUUGCUGUGUCCGACAACGCUGAGCUUCGAUUGGUCGAUGGACGCUGUGCCGCGCAUCACGAGUCCGUUGGACACGCGAAAUUUGGAAUCGGUGUGUCUUUACACCGCGCUGAUCGGCGCCGCCGUCUGGGCGGUGAAAGGUCUAAGACGACCCUGUCGCGACCCGACGACGACUAUGUUGCAAGCGUAUCCGCGCUCGGCUUCGUCCAGGUGUCCGGUUUGCGCCGGUAGACGAACCGGCGGCUGCCACACAGACGGCUGCAGAGCGGCCAACAACAACAACAACAGUCCACUCGGCGAUUGUCAUUGUGCCAAGAGACCGAACGGUGGCGCGGGCGCGAACGGCUUGAACGGUCGGCACGCGGCGGCCACCACCGUCGCGAUAUCCUUGGGCUUCCUCGUGCUCCCGUUUCUGCCGGCGAGCAAUCUCUUCUUCUACGUGGGCUUCGUCAUAGCCGAGAGGAUAUUGUACCUGCCGAGCGUGGGCGCCUGCCUGGUCGUUGGCGCCGCGGUGUCCGGCUGCUAUCGGAUAGCGAGGAGAAACGGGUUCAGAAGGUGCGGCAGGGCGGUGCUGCUGGCCACGGUGAUCCUCAUCGGCGUGAUGUCGGCGAAGACGAUCGUGCGAAACGCCGACUGGAGAAACGAGGAGAGCUUGUACAGAUCCGCGCUGCACGUGAAUCCGCCAAAAGCGUAUGGCAACUUGGGGAGCAUUCUCAGCGAGCAGGGACGAGUGGCGGAGGCGGAAGAAGCAUUCGUCCAAGCGCUUCGCUAUCGACCGAACAUGGCAGAUGUGCACUACAACCUAGGCAUCUUACAGCAAGGCAGGAAGAAUUACGAGGAGGCAAUUCUGAGUUAUCAACGAGCCAUUCAUUUCCGACCUUCGUUAGCUCAGGCUUACGUGAAUCUGGGAGCCGCGCUGAUUUCGGUCGGACGCGGCACCGAGGCGGCUGCGGUUUUGCGCGCCGGUGCAUCCUUGGACGGCUCCGGUCUGAAGGACAAAAGGGCUCACGAGGCGGCCAGGGUGCAGGCUCUCCUUCAAUUAGGCGCGCUGUACGCCGAUCAGGGUAGAUUACAAAGAGCCCUGUCGGCGUACAGGGAAGCCCUGCGCGCCCUGCCGGAUCACUAUCCACCCCAGAGCGUGUACAAUCUGCUGGGCGAGACGCUGUCCAGGCUGCAACAGUACGCGGAAGCGGAGAGGUGGUUCCAAGCGAGUUUGGCCAGCCAGCCUGACCACGUGCCGGCUCACAUCACUUACGGGAAACUUUUGGCACGAAACUCGAGCCGUGUCCUGGAAGCGGAGAGAUGGUUCCUGAGGGCCCGCAGGUUGGCGCCGGACGAUCCCAGCGUUCACCAUCAUUACGGGCUGUUCCUGACGUCGCAGAACCGACUGGUGGAAGCCGCCGAGGAGCAGCUGCGAGCGGCCGAGCUGUCACGAUCCGAUUACGAGUUGUCGGUCGCGGCGGCCUCGGCUCUGAGACAAGCCGAUCGUCGCGAGGAGGCCGAGAUCUGGUACCGGCACGCGGCCAGUUUGAGGCCGCACGAGGCUCGCAGUCACACGAAUCUCGGCGCGAUUCUUCACUUGAACGGCAAGUACAAGCAGGCUGCGGCGGCUUACAAAGAGGCGCUCAGAUUGCAGCCGGGCGAUGCGACGACCAUAACCAAUCUGCACAAACUGGCGGCGAUCUUGGCGUGACCUGAAGAAGCCGGGAUGAACGACGACCUACGAGCGAAGAAAGAAAACAAAGAGACGAGGCAAAAGAGACAGUGUGUGUAUCAUACGAUCCCGCGCGAUGUGAAGGACCCCUUCUUACUAACCUUACCGUGUACCCCAAGACCCACUAUCGGCCCGAUCUUCCUACCGAUAUUCGUUUAUAUCUCUGCGUUGUCGGUGACGCGCGCGUUCACGUCGUUUACGCAUUUGUCGUUCCCGUUUACGACGCGCCGGCCGACUCGU